GGUGGCCGUGCGCUCUGUACUCAACGGGAUUGUGAUAACAAAAGAAAUAUAAAUAUUUUGUGUUAAAAUAAUGAAUUGCGAAGCGAUACCGAAAGGCGAGGGGGUGUUGUUGCGACAGGCCACUGACAGAUUCAUUGUCGCAUACGGCAGACGACCGGAAGUCGCUGCAGCGGCGCCGGGACGCGUCAACCUCAUCGGAGAACACGUUGACUAUUGCGAAGGCUUCGUUCUACCAGUGGCAAUACCGUUCCUUACCGUCGUCGUGGGAUCGUACAACAACACAGAUGUCUGUCGCGUGAUCACAGUGUUGGCGUCUGGUGAGGAGUUGGAGGCCAGUUUCCCUGCUACCAUCAAGGCAGAGUUACGACCAGGUCAACCGGAAUGGGCUAAUUAUAUCAAAGGAGUUAUUGCUAAUUUUCCUAUAAAAGUGAACGGUUUCGAUAUUGUUGUCGUAUCCGACGUGCCGAUGGGUUCUGGUGUUUCCAGCAGCGCCGCCAUUGAAGUGGCAGUAUUCACGCUGCUAGAAGGACUCACGGGAAGGACGGUUAGUUUAGUGGAAAAAGCCAAGCUGUGUCAGAAGGCAGAGCACGACUUCCCUGGGAUGCCGUGCGGCAUCAUGGAUCAGUACAUUGUUACUAUGGGCAAAAAGGACCACGCAUUACUUAUUGACUGCAAGUCUUUGGAAGCAAAGCAGGUGCCGAUUAAAAUGGAGAAUAUAUGUAUACUAGUGAUCAACUCCAACGUGAAGCAUCGGUUGACGGGAAGCGAGUACCCUCAGAGGAGGGCUCAGUGUCAAGAAGCGGCCUGUCAACUGGGAUUGACAUCUUUGAGGGCGGCAAAUAUGCAGGAUUUAGACAGGCUGAGAGAUCUCGGUUGUAACGAAUUAGUUCUCAGAAGAGCUCGGCAUGUCAUAGGAGAAAUUCAGAGAACGGUGGAAGCUGCCAGCAAAUUGACCGAGAAGAAUUACAAAACGGUAGGUGAACUUUUUUACCAAUCGCAUGACUCGCUAAGCAAAUUGAUGGAGGUAUCCUGCGUGGAGCUCGAUCAGAUAGUGAACAUCCUCCGGGAUGCUCCAGGAGUGUAUGGCGCGAGAAUGACGGGAGGUGGCUUCGGCGGAUGUGCGGUGGCUUUGGUUCAAAAGAGCGAAUUGGAUGCUUUGAAACAGCGGAUUCUGUCGCAAUAUAAAGGAAAGCCAGUAUUUUUCGUGUGCGUACCGAGCGAAGGCGCGAGAUUGUUGAAACUUAACCACUGAAACCAGAUUGUUAAA